UCCUCUGGACUCUAGAGAACCAUGUGAGUGAUGUAUUUCAGCCAAGAACUAUCCCUGAGUGAGUGCCUGAAGGGCUGACGCUUUUCCAACUCUUGUGGACCAAGGAGCCUUUGUCUUAACUUGGACAUAGAGAUGGGAUCCACUCAGGGCCAACCAUUCCAGGGAGAGCCUUUGCUUGUGGCCAGAGUGGGCCUCUUUGGGCUGGGGAGAGGGUGGGAUUGCACAAAAGUUCUGUGCUGUAUGUUGAUGCCUACUUCCUGUGAAUACCUGUGCUUUCCACUUAGACCAAAAAGAUUUCACUCUGUCUUCCCCGGCUGGAGUCAUGUAUGUUUCUUCUGGGGGAGUAAUACUGCUAACUAUAUCAUUAGAAUCCCUACGGAGACUUCCUUCAGCUCAGAUGGGCUUUGCUGAACUCACCUGGGUUGCUUUCUCAGGGAGGACCUUAAAUUAUCUGAUGUGGGAAUAAUAAAGAGGGUUUGUUAUUUCCUGGUCUUUGAAGCAUCUGUGCCUCCAAAAAUCAUUAUCCUACAGUCCCAGGCAUGAGGAAUCCUGGGAGAUAAGAGCUAAAUUACUGGCCCUAGUGUCUACCUAAUUUCAAGGGUUAUUAGGUCAUAUUUGAAUAAAGGCAAGGCUAGAGUAGUAGUGUCUUGAUGGGUUGGGACUUAAUGUGUUCAUCUUUCCAAGACCAUUCAUAAUAGAAGGCUGAGAAAGUGGGUCCCUUCUUCUGGUCUGUGAACUGUGGCUGCCGGCACACUAUCACUUUUCAUAACCUUGGGACCGUCAUCCCUUUGCCUUGGGAUGUCAUUUUAUUAGAUUGCCCCGACGUGCAGCAAGAAGAGGUCUGGUUCGCUUUGCACUAGCUCUAGUUUGACACAAUACUCAGUUUAGCAGGGAUAGGGAUCAGCCUGCGGCAUCACUGUUUUCCGCCCCAGUCCAUCGCAGGCCACUACUAGCAGAAAUGGGGAUCCAUUCCUAGGAAAUCCCAAAGAGCGGCCUCGCUAAGUCCCAGGAUUCUGCACAGUUGGCGGGCCUCUUAUCCCUGCUGAUCCAGCGCUCCUCCCCGCCCUGAAGUUUGUCCAAUCAGAGCGAAGUAAUCAGCUAGGUUGGUUGUCAUGACUUCCGGUCCAGCACCGGAAGUUGUGCAGUGGAGCGAAAUUUGAAGGAAGUGGAGCCGCGGCGGUGCGGCCACCAAGCUGAAUCUGUUGCAGUUUCACGGGCUGUCCUGGUCACUUGAGUCUAACCAUUAUGCCUAUCCGCGCUCUGUGCACUAUCUGCUCCGACUUCUUCGAUCACUCCCGCGACGUGGCUGCCAUCCACUGUGGCCACACUUUCCACAUGCAAUGCCUAAUCCAGUGGUUUAAGACAGCACCAAGUCGGACCUGCCCACAGUGUAGAAUCCAGGUUGGCAAAAAGGCUAUUAUCAAUAAACUUUUCUUUGACCUUGCCCAGGAAGAGGAGAGUCUCUUGGAUGCAGAAUUCUUAAAGAAUGAACUGGACAGUAUUAGAGCCCAGCUUUCCCACAAAGAGAGGGAGAAACGGGACAGCCAGGCCAUUAUCAACACUCUACGGGACACAUUGGAAGAACGCAAUGCCACUGUGGAGUCCCUGCAGAAUGCCUUAGACAAGACAGAGAUGCUGUGUUCCACUCUUAAAAAACAGAUGAAAUUCCUUGAGCAGCAACAGGAUGAGACCAAGCAAGCUCGGGAGGAGGCCCGCCGACUCAAGAGCAAGAUGAAAACCAUGGAGCAGAUUGAGCUCCUACUCCAGAGCCAGCGGUCUGAGGUGGAGGAGAUGAUCCGAGACAUGGGUGUGGGACAGUCAGCGGUGGAGCAGCUGGCUGUGUACUGCGUAUCCCUCAAGAAAGAGUAUGAGAAUCUGAAAGAAGCACGGAGGGCCUCAGGAGAGCUGGCUGACAAGUUGAAGAAGGACCUGGCCUCCUCUAGGAGCAAGCUGAAGACUGUCUACACUGAGCUGGAUCAGGCCAAGUUAGAACUGAAGUCAACCCAGAAGGAUUUACAGAAUGCUGACAAGGAGAUCGCGAGCCUAAGAAAGAAGCUAACGAUGCUACAGGGAACCUUGAACCUGCCUCCGGUGGCCAGUGAGACUGUCAGCCGCCUGGUUUUGGAGAGCCCAGCCCCUAUGGAGAUGCUGAACCCGAAGCUCCACCGGCCAUCCUUCGGUGAUGAGAUUGACUUCAAUGCUACCUUCGAUGUAGAUACCCCUCCAAGCCAGACCUCCAGCUCCCAGCACCACUCCAAGAAACCCUGCCUGGAGAGGGCAGGCUCCCCGGUGCAGGAUGUCCUCAAGAAGAUACCUAAAGUCUCCAGGCAGGAGCCCCAGCUCUCACUGGGUGGCCAGCGCUGUAUAGGAGAGCCAGACGAGGAACUGGCUGGUGCCUUCCCUCUCUUCAUCCGGAAUGCUGUCCUGGGUCAGAAACAGCCCAACAGGACCACAGCAGCUUCCCCUUGCAGCACAGAUGUGGUAAGAAUAGGCUUCGAUGGACUUGGAGGACGGACAAAAUUCAUCCAACCUACAGACACAGCCAUCAUCCGACCAAUGCCAGUUAAGCCCAAGGCCAGGAGUAAACAGAAAGUGAGAAUAAAGACUGGGAAUUCUUCCUCCCAGCCCAAGCUGGAUACCUUCCUGUCGCAGUGAGCAGUGACCAGAGUCAUGUCUCCAAUUAGUGGGCCAAGACCUUUGCCAACCCAGGAGUAUUCGGGGAGAUGGCUCUUCUUCCUGGACAGUGCAAGAGAGAGCGCAAAAUCUGCAUUUCCUGUGUUCGCUUUGCCCUGCACUGCACUGGAUUUUACCUCUGGGAGUUACAGUUCCAGUCAGCAGAGGCUGCUGCUUUUUGCAGGUUUUUGUGUAUGGCUACAACCAGAUAUGGCUGGACUCCUGUUUUUAUAGACCAGGGUCAUAUUUGGUUUUGUAUGGAUGAAAGUGCUGGAGGAUUCCUGAGCAGGCUAGCCUGAACUUCUGUCUGCCUCCAGCUCGCUGUGUGAAUUAGGGGAUGUUAGGGAAAUAAUGGGGGAAGGUUUCCAUGGGAAAUAAAAAGGCAUCUUUUCUUCCUGGCUCUGGGUGUAUAAUCUGUACCAAGACUUCAGAAAAUCAGUGUGAGUUUCUAAAGCGGGAGUGCCACUGAGACUCAGACCUGGUAGUUUUCUUCCCAGGCGCAGGAAGACUAGCAAGGAUGGCGUCCCUGUAGUCUAGAGUGGGUGAACCAAGUGAGUUCACAUCCAUUCAGGGAACUCAGCAAGCACAUCAGACAACCAGCGACCGAGCUGCUAGUUAGCUUUUAGGUCUUAGUUUCAGGACACUUUCUCCUGGAGAAUUUCCUUUACUGGCCACUCACCUGGGUAAGACUUCCUAAACUUUCUCAUUCUAAACAUUAGGUGUUUCCCUAGCCCGUUGCCCGCUUCCUGUGAAGGUAUCCAGCCAUUUGAAGCUCUAUGGGGAUGGAGAUGUUAGACAGCCUUGGUUGUAUGAUGCCUAGCUGUGAUUGUCAACACAGUCUAGAGUCACUUGGUAAGGGCCUCUCUGUGAGGUCCUGUUAACUGAGGUGAGGAAGUCAGCCUAGGGUGGUACCAUCACCUAAGCGGAGGAUCCUGGACUGUUGAGAGCAGAGAACGUGAGCUGAGCACAGAAUGAACACACCGUUGGGGGAGGCUGCUCAUUUGUUCCUGGCCGCCCAGACUCGAAAUAACCACACAGAAACUAUUAAUUAAAUCACUGUUUGGCCUAUUAGCUUAUGCAUAUUUCUGGCUAGCUCUUACA